CACCUGGGCCUUUCCUGGUCAGGGCUUGAGCCCUGCGCGCCGCAGCUGUGGCCGCCUCUGUGCCCAGCGGGGCCCUGCCCUGCCCUGCCCUGCCCUGCCCUGCCCUGCCCUGCUCUGCCCACAGCGCCCCUCUCGCCCGGGCGGUUGCAGCUCUGGGCUGCGGUGGGGGCCGGAUUCCCACUUCGCUAAUGGAGUAACGUGGCCUUGGGUGCCGUCGGAGCCCUGCACUGCCCCCGGUCCUGCCCUGCUGCCCCGAGUUGCGCUGUGGCCCCGCGUGGGGCAGCUGGGUCCCGCCACCACCUAGCAGCAGCCCUGCCCUGCAAGCGACCCGGCCGCCUCCUCGAAGAGAAGCAGAGGGGCCGUGACGGCGUCGGGCUGCGCAGCGACGGGACCGAGCAGCAGAAAACCGGAGUGGCUCCUGUGCUGCGCCCCUCCCCUCCCCUCCCCUCCCCUCCCACGGGCCGGGAGGCCGCCGAGGCAGGGGCGUGCAGGGCCCAGCCCCGGGGCCGGAGCGCGCGCCGCAGCCACGGGGGCGAGGAACCGGCCGGCGCUAGGACUCGGAGUCCGUCCCAGCCGGCGCGUGACGCCAUCGCGCCGCCUGUCGGAAGUGGGCGGGGCGGGUGGCCGGUGGCCGCCAUGGAGCUGCCGGACCUGGGCGCGCCCUGCUCGGAGGCGGCCUGCCGGCGCCUGGACUUCCUGCCGCUCAAGUGCGACGCCUGCGAGCGGAUCUUCUGCGCCGACCACGUGUCCUACGCGCGGCACCGCUGCACCUCGGCCUACAAGAAGGACGUGCAGGUGCCCGUGUGCCCGCUGUGCAACACGCCCGUGCCCGCGCGGCGCGGCGAGAUGCCCGACGCGGCCGUGGGCGCGCACAUGGACCGCGACUGCCGCGCAGACCCCGCGCAGCGCCCGCGCAAGAUCUUCACCAACAAGUGCGGGCAGGCGGGGUGCCGGCAGCGCGAGAUGAUGCCGGUGCUGUGCGAGCAGUGCCGCCGCAACUUCUGCCUCAAGCACCGACACCCUCUGGACCACGACUGCGCCGGGGCCGCGCGCGCCCCCGUCUCGCGGGCAGGGCACGCGGCGCUCGCUCGCGCCCAGGCAGCCGCCGCCUCCUCGAAAGCAGCGGCCGCGUCCAUCCGAGGAGCGUCGUCGCGGGCGCCGCCCAGCCCCGCGCCCCCGGCCUCGGGCAGCGGAGGCAGGACGGCGCCGGCGCCCCGCAGCACUUCGCCCCCGGCCGUGGCGCUGCAGAACGGCCUGAGCGAGGAGGAGGCGCUGCAGCGAGCCCUGGCCAUGUCCCUGGCGGAGGCAGCCCCCGGCUCAGCGCAGGCCCCCAGCAGCGUGCAGGAGGACGAGGACCUGGCGCUGGCCCAGGCGCUGUCGGCCAGCGAGGAGGAGUACCGGCGGCAGCAGCAGAGCCAGAGCCGGACCUCGAAGCCGUCCAACUGCAGCAUGUCGUAGAGCCGUGGCGGCCGGAGCUGCGGGACCCGAGUCCGAGCGGUGACGGGGGGCUCCCUCCCCCCUUUCAGGGCUAUAAACACAUGACCAAAGGCUGC